AUGACCGCUGCUGGAAAUUUGGUGCGCAUGACGAGAAAAGAAGCUUUCAACCCGACAACGUUUUUCCUGUUCCUUUUGCCACCUAUUAUGUAUGAAUCAGCUUAUAAUUUGCACAAAGGGAAUUUUUUCCGAAACAUUGGUUCCAUUUUAGUUUUUGCCAUUGUUGGAACAGCCCUGUCUGCUUUUGUAGUUGGUGUAAGUCUUUUCUUUCUAGGGCAGAAGAAGUGGGUUUAUCAGUUAACAUUUGCGGAGAGUCUUGCUUUUGGAUCUUUCCUGUCCUCUGUGGAUCCAGUGGCCACAGUUGCAGUUUUCCAAGCUCUGGAUGUAGAACCCGUACUGAAGAUGCUGGUUAUUGGCGAAAGUAUACUCAACGAUGCAGUGGCCAUUGUGUUGAGCACCUCUGUCUGGGAAGCAAAGUUGAAAGAUACAUCUGACGAUGUGACGAUGUCUUCGAUUAUUCUUCAGUGUACUUUGACAUUUGUCACAGUUUUUUUCUCAUCUGCUAUUGUUGGGGUCUCCUUCGGGCUCGUGGCAGCACUCUUAUUUAAGCAUGUGGAAUUGCGCCGAUAUGCCUCGUUGGAAUUUGGGAUGAUGAUGAUCUUAAUUUAUGCUCCAUACUGUGUAGCAGAAGUGUUACAACUCUCAGGAAUUAUAGCAAUUUUAUUCAAUGGCCUUGUAAUGUCACAUUACACUCAUUUCAACUUAUCUCGAUUAGUGCAGCAAAUUAUUCAAGUCACCUUGAGGAGCAUCUCUUUUAUAGCAGAAACUUGUGUUUUUGCCUACCUGGGAGUAUCAAUAUUCAGUUUCCAGCUUGAUAUAGAAAUUCGAUUUAUUAUAGCAAGCAUUUUUCUUUGUAUGUUGGGAAGAGCUUUAACAGUGUUCCCGCUCAGCCUUUGCGUCAAUUUGUGCAGAGACCACAAAAUAACAUUCGAAAUGAUGUUCAUCAUGUGGUUCAGUGCUAUAAGAGGUGCAGUAUCGUACGCUUUGUCACUAAGGUUUGAAUUUGAAGAGAAUAAAAGAAAUGUCAUCGUCACUGCAACUUUAAUAAUCGUACUAUUUACAACAUUGGUGUUUGGAGGAAGUACUAUGCCUUUGUUGAAGUGUCUCCAGAGGCGAGAAGCGAAAAAGAGGAGUGAGAUUUGCCAGAGCGAGGUCUGCUUAAUCAAAACAGAAGCUUUAGUUAACGAUGCGAAGAGUAAUAUUUCAGAGCAGUUCUUUAAGGAUUGGUAUACGAUGGUGAAAAGUGAUGAAUCUCCAUAA